AUGGACUUGAUCUCCAUUGGAUUGAGCGCCUGUCUCGAGUCAGCGCAUUGUUACUACAUUGUCGUCCGGGACUUGGCAUGCCAGCAUGAGCAUUUACACGGCGAGUCAGGUGCAGGCUGUUCUCAUGUAGUGCUUCUGUUCCUGUUGGCUUCUUUGACUUCACUCAUUUAUCCCAUCUUCUUGCAGUUGCAAUUCGCCCCCGUCGCCCACGGUAUGAAAGCGCAAACCGCCCUCUCCUUCGCGGCCCUGGGCCGCCUCACCAGCGGCUGCCUCCUCCACGAGGAGCUCAAUGGCGAGGAGCACACCAUGGACCGGCGCCAAGCCUCCACCGCUGUAUUCAUCCCCAUCGGUAAAGGAGACCGCUUCGAAGCCGGCGCCAAGGCACCGCAGGGCAUCGGCUCCAGCCCAAAGGACUUUGACGACGACGCCGCCCUCUCCGUAUUCAGUGUCGCCGAGGUCGAAUCCGCCAUCAAGGGCCUCCAGAAGACGUACCCAGACAAGAUUCGCUUCGAGCCCGCCGCGGCCAAGACGCACGAGGGGCGCGACAUCCACUACGGCGUCGUCGGCGGCAAGGAGCCGCGCGCCUUUCUCACCAGCGGCGUCCACGCCCGCGAGCGAGGCGGCCCGGACAAUGUCUUGUACCUCGUCUCGGACCUGCUCUGGGCCGACAAGCAAAACACCGGCCUCACGUAUGGCAAUAAGAAAUAUGACGUGUCCCAGGUUCGAAAGAUCCUCGACGCCGGCAUCGCCGUCAUUCCCGCCGUCAACCCGGAUGGCAUCAACCACGACCAGACGACAGACUCGUGUUGGCGCAAGAAUCGCAGACCGAUGCAAGGCGGCAGCAUUGGGGUUGACAUCAACCGCAACUUCAACAUCUUCCGCGAGCAGCGCCUUUUCUCCCCGCAGGCCAAGCUCUCGCAGUCGGCUGAUCCUAAACUGGACAGCUACAUCGGGCCGCAGCCCGUCUCCGAGGCCGAGUCGCGCAGCAUCACCGACGUGUUUGAGCGCGUCAAGUCGCUGUCCUGGUAUCUCGACCUGCACUCGGCCCUUGGCCAGGUCCUGUACAGCUGGGGCACCGACGAGGCGCAAGUCGAGGAUCCCACAAUGAACUUUGCCAACAAAGCAUUCGACGGCCAGAGGGGCGUGCCGGGGGACGCCUACAAGGAGUACAUGGAGCCAGACGACUUCGCCGCGCAAAAGGCCAUUGCCGAGAGCAUGGCCACGGCCAUGAACGGCGCCGCCCAGACGAAGCGGUACUCGGCCGCCGAGACGAUUACGCUCUCCCCUGCCAUGGGCAGCUCCGACGAGGCCAUGUCCCGGUACUACAACGGCACCUGUGGUGCGAACCGCAUCAACGCCUUGACCUUUGAGUUUGGAUGGGGCAAUGGGCGCCAUGGCAAGCCGCCAGGCGCAAACAACUUCCAGACCAUUUGCCACAACAUCUUUUACCCCAAUGCGACCGAGUACCGGGACAACGUCAUGCAUACGAGCGUGGGUAUGUUGGAGUUUCUGCUCAACGCGGCUGGCAAAGCCGGCGAGCAAAAGGUGAAAAAGUGCGACAAUAAUGAUGGACCGCAAUCGCCCAGUACGCAGGCCCCCCCGGGCCCCGGGUCGGCUGAGAAUAGCGAUGCUGAGAAUAGCAAUGUUGCCAACAGCCCUACUCAGAACAGCCCUACUCAGAACAGCCCUACUCAGAACAACCCUGAGGAGAGCGGCCUUGCUCAGAAUGAUCCUACUCAGAGUGGCGAUGCUGCAAAUGGCCCUACUGAGAACGACCCUCCUCAGAACAGCCCUGCUCAGAAUGAUCCUACUCAGAGUGGCGAUGCUGCAAAUGGCCCUACUGAGAACGACCCUCCUCAGAACAGCCCUGCUCAGAAAGGGCCUACGCAGAAUGGCCCUACCAUGACGCCGUAUCAACAGUGCACCCCCGCGGCGAGUGCGGCGGACGCCGCGUGUGGCCCAAGUGACAAGUCGUGCAAGGCCAUGGUUACUCGAAAGGCCACUGACUGUAUUUUACGUGCCAACUUUGUCAACGUGAACGCGACAGACCUUCAGGCGUGGAUCCAGAAGGACUUUGACAUGAUCCGGCAGACUACCGGCCUCCAGUCCGCAAUGGACGCCGACAAGUCUCUCAAAACCCAGCUGGAAAGCAAGCUUGACGCCGCUCAGAAGGAUCUGGUUGAGAAUUUUGGCGAUUUCGAGUUCAGAGCACGAGUGGAGAAGCAUUUCAAAGGCUUUGACGACGUGCCGGAAGUCGGCCUCGCCAAGAAGAAAGAUACGACGUUGAAUGUCGAGCUCCCCAAGGCGUUUUCAAAAGCUCAAAAGGACAUUCUCAGGACGGACAUGUUGCACCUGAUCAAGACAACGUCCAAGGGUGAACCGGUAUGGGGAAUUGCAAAGGGCAAAUCCGGUAUCUAG